AUGCCGCCUCCAGCGCAAGCCAGGCAAGUAGAGAAGAACUCAAUCCUGGCGUCUGUCAUCGGCAAAGCGGGAGCCGUCUGUACCCUGCUCGGGCUCUCACUUGUCGUCUUUACCUACCGGCGGUCUUUGACUCCCCUGUAUGGCUCCGUACCCACCGAGCUUCAUCUCAACAAGGUAGUCUGGAUAGCAUGUAUCAUUGGUAGCUUUGCACCUACAGUGUCGAUCUCCUAUGCUGCCUUUGCUGCAGGUGUGCUACUCUGUCUCAUGCCAAACUCGGCAUAUUGGGCCGCAGUUUACACAGGGAGGAUGGGAGACCCAGUAUGGGGUCCUGUAGUGGUGCACAUUAUGGUGCUGCUACCGGUGCUUGCGCUAGGCGUUGCAAUCGUAAAAGCUCUACAGGUGAGUGUUGCUCUGCAUGACUAUCAGUGUCUGCAUAUAUCAGUCUCUCCAAGUAGCCCACAAACGCGCACGAAGACAUCCUCUAACCAAAGCCUGAUGCGCCUCAUUCUUCUGCCUCUAAUCCCUAUGUUGGUUUCGACCAUCCUGCAGCCCCCUACUCUUCCGAAACCCCUCGGGGAACCAUAUCUUCAUCCCGCAUACCCUCUCCGCAUUAUCUCAUCCGUUCGCUCGUCAUACUCCGGUGUUGUCCUCGUCGGCGAGGUCCUGCCGCCCAUCGGGGACAAGCCCGCACUUGGCGCCGUACACUCGCUACGAUACCUCCGUGCUGGUCACUCGUUACUCGGAGGAGCAUGGAUAGGUGAGGCCGCGAUUCUAGGACGGCACGAUUCAGACCCUGUAGGAUUGGACGAAGCGGGCGAGCCAGUCGGUGACUCCAUGUACCAUGCAUUCAUGCUGCAGGAUGCGGCAAGGCUCUUCGAGAGGGAGGGAGGCAAAAAGCGCGAGAAUGCACUGGUAAUAGGCCUAGGAACGGGUGUCGCCGCCUCUUCACUGAUACGAAGUAAUGUGUCCACCACCAUUGUCGAGAUCGACCCCGCUGUGUACGAGGCUGCGAGGCGCUUCUUUGCCUUCCCCGAACCCGGACCUGGAAAGGUCUUCAUUAAGGACGCAAGGACAUGGGUGAGAGAACACCGGCGCGAACGCGAAUCUGCCACAAGAUUAGGAGACCAGGCGGGACACGCUGACGAGACGGAGCCAAACAUGUUCGACAUCGUGCUGCAUGACGUGUUUACAGGCGGAACCAUGCCAUCGCAUGUCUUCACGCAGCAAUUUUGGAACGACACGAAAGCCUUAAUGAGUUCAGAUGGUAUACUCGCGGUGAAUUUCGCUGGACAACUCGAUUCGGAACCCGCACGAGCGAUUAUCAUGACCCUACUGUCUACCUUUGAUACUUGCCGGGCAUUCUGCGACGAGGUAUCACCGGAUGAGCAAGCUAAGAGCGAGUUCCACAAUUGGGUGUUCUUCUGCUCGCCAUCAUCCGCUCUCCUAACGCUCCGAGCACCGCGCUCGUCGGACUACUUCGGGUCCGUGCAGCGUGCACAAAUCCUCAAUACUCUACAGCAGCGUGAAUUCGACCUUAAAUCCUUGACGGAGGACAUUUUGGAAGAGCAGAGGGAUCAGUACAUCUUGACAGACGCGCGAAAUCCUUUAGGCAAAUGGCAGGAGAAGGAGGCGCUGAGCCAUUGGAGAAUUAUGCGAGAAGUAUUCCCAAACGCCGUGUGGGAGACAUAUUAA